UCCUCCCCUUUCGUUUGACUGGUAGCUAGUGUGCUUACUCUUCUCCUAAUUCUAGGGUUUUCUCCUCCCCCGUGUAAAUGGCGACCCAGAACCCUAGAUAUCUCUCGGUUGGAUUCUUGAUGACAUGGAAGGUCCGUCCGAUGAUCGAGGCCCCGAGCUUUCCUCGAUCGAGAACCCUAUUCUUCCCAAUGGCGACGCUCGCCCGGACGAUGCCCUCCCGGACGACGCUCGCCCGGACGAUGCCCUCCACUCGGAGCUCGAAUCCAUUGGGAAUUCGUACAAUGAACUCCAGUCUAGAUGCAUGGCCUUGGAGGAAACCCUGGCAGAUCUCCGUGCCCAUAACUUUGAUCUCUCUCAGGCUCUGGAGGAAGUAUCGCGGGAGAGGGAUUCGUUCCGGAUCAAGCUCCUCGAGGCGGAGGACUCGGCUAAGGAUCAGGAGGAAGCGAAUUUGAGGGAAAGAUUGGAACUUGGAUGCGAAAUUGAGGUGUCUAGGGCGAGGGUUUCCGAGUUGCUUGAGGAAAGGAGCCAGAGAGAUGGGGCCUUGUCUGGAAUUCUUGAUUCUAUCCUGAUGACAAAAGAGUGCUUGAAGAGAAUCGGUGAGAGGAUAUGCGAGGAGAAAUUGGAGGAAACUGAGGAGGAGAAAUCCAAUUUGGAGGAUGCAUUGGAGGUUUCAAUGUUGGAAACCCAGUCAAUGCUUAAGCUUGGAACAGUAGUGGAGUCUAAGUUGUUGGAAUAUGAAGAGAAAAUAAGAAAGGAAAAGAAGGAGUUGGAGAACAGCAUUGUGAGUUUGACAGAGGAGAAUAGGGAUAUUGGCAACCUGCUGAGGAUAGCUUUAAUGGAGAAAGAGGCAGUAGAAAAGAGCCUUAAUAAGCUGAGGGGAAAUGCAGAACAGAAGAAGGGUGUAAUCCUGCAGAUAGCUGAGAGGGGACUGCAGAAAGUUCGAUUUGGGUUCAUGAUGGGGGUGACAGGCGGGGACUCACAAACAGAUCAGACAACUAGUUCUAAUGCAAGCACAAAAUCUGAUGGCAGUGAAUGUGAUGAAGAGGUCAUCAGUCUGACUUCAACUGUGGAAACUAUAAUGAAGAAUCUACGGCGUGAGAUAACUGAAUUAAGACGAAAUCUGGAUGAGUCCAGGUCAGAUAGUGAGCAUCUGCAAACUCUUGUUGAUGAACAAGCUCAGAACUUAGCAGGGAGUCAACUAUACAUUAAAGAUCUUGAAGAAAGAGUGAAUAUGUUGACGCACAGUGUUGAAGAGCUCAUGACAGAGAUAAAAGAAGCAGGAGAAGAGGUUGCAAGAUGGAGGGAGGCAUGUGAAUUGGAGGUAGAAGCUGGAAAAGCUGCAAUUGAAGAACUUGAGAAGGAGGUUCAUUUGCUGAGGGAAGAGCUCGAGAGGACAAAAGCAGAGUUGAAUGCUGCAAAUAACAAGCUGAUGCUGAAGGAAAAGCUAGCAGCCACUGCAAUGGCUGCUCAGGCUGCUGCUGAAGCCACCCUCAGGCUGGCAGACAGCAGAUCUGCUGGUUUCAGGGAACGAAUUGAGGAGUUGACAAGACAGCUAGAGGAAGAAGCUGACCGUGGCAGAAGGGAGAGAAGUGGUGGCCGCAGGAGAGUGAGGCAUAUCUGCUGGCCAUGGCCGGCCUUCAGAGUAGCACCAUCUGCUCGUGCUGCCUCCCAAGGCAGGGCAAGGAGCAGGAGGAUGCUGCCUGAAAUGGAGGCUUUGUUGCAUUUCAGAAUUUAGGAAUUCUGUGCAAUCAAGGUUCCUGUGCAAUCAAGGUUCUAUGUCUUUCUCGAAGAUUCCUGCGAUAAGUGGUCCAUAUGUUUGGCAGGAAUUUGAAUCCUAGGUCAUUAAUUUAUGCUGUGCUGUUCAUCAUGCAGUGUCUGUUUUAAGUACAGGUUCUGUGGCCAUGCUAGGCCGAAGUGCCUACUAUAUUUUGGUUAUUAGCCGAAGAAAUUUUACCACAAAUACAGGAUCAGCUUUUUUUAAAGGUUGUAUACCGGACUUUGAAUGCGCAGCUGACCAAGUUUAUUAGCAUUUGAUAAUUUUUGUGGAAUGUUGGCGGCUGAAUAAACCAUAGUUAUAUCGAAAUUGCCUUCUGUUAUACAUAAUCUUUGAGAAAUAAGCAUCUUUCUUUUCCAUGGACAUAACCUUUACAAGGAAACUGUGGUUCUGGAUAAGAGGCAUUAGAACAGUUGCCUCUAUUUAUGUGAUAUCUACAGGUAUGGUUAUGCAUAUAUUUCAACUGCUUUGGUGUGUAUUGGUAUGAGUAAUGAUCAUGCAUAAUUGGCCAUAUGCGGUUACACUGAAUUAUUUAUACUUCCAUAUCACAUUCUCAUAGGAUUAUCUCAUUAUUGAUGAUGAUUUUCUCCUGUAAAGGUAGGAUGUAUGGUGAUUUUUCAAGCCUUAAUGGUGGAGUCUGCAAUUUUUGUUAAAGUCAAAAGUGAAUCUGUGGAUGCUACUCUGUUGAAAUCUUCUUAUGCCUGUACAGUUUUAAAUGUUAGAAAGCAAACUCUGCAGGUAAAUAUUGAUGUAAGUUUAUUUUAAUAUUUUGCCUAAAGAAUUUUAGAAUGUUUGGUUCCAUUCAUGUCAUUUUUUUUAUUUUUUCGUGAAAUUCAUGUCAUAUUCAUAAGAAUCUUUUACACUUCUGCUAAUUCUAUCAAUGCCAGUCCUGUUGCAUGUAUGAUGCAUUUUCAACAACUCUAACUUUGAAUAUAGAAGCAGAAAAUUCAAAAGCAUGACUACUUAUGGAUGAUGGAUGUCACUAAGCACACUCAGUUGGAAAGAAAUUUCUCUCCCUACACAGGCGGAAGCUUCUGCCACUGUGAGGUCUGGACUAUGCAGCCUUACUUUCACGUGCAGAGAGGGCCGAGAGGCUGUUUCUAUGUUUUGAAUCCAUGACAUCCAAGUCACAAUGGAGCAACCUUACCAUUGCACCAAGGCCAUAUAGGAAACUUGCACAGGUGAAGAUGCCAAGGAAAGACGGGAAAAGAAUGUUAGAGAAUGCAAUGCUGUAAUUAUAGAUUGAAGGUAUGAUUUCAAGUUAGAUAUCUCAAUAUUGCUAUUUGUAUUCCUGCAAUUUUUGGUAAAAAGAAGAAGAUGCAUUGAGCUCCAAUUUUUCAGAAAAUGAAUGUCUAUGACAACUACAAUCAGUUACUGAAUGGUGAAUUUCCCCUUUGUUGACAUAUUUCUUUCCUUCUAUGACAAGCAAAAGCAAUCUGUCUUUGAUUUUUUCCCCUCCAACUUCUUUUUUUGUUUAUCAAUGUAUAAACUGAAUCUGAAACCUCAAGAAUUUGGGCAGUCAGUCAAAGUUUAUGUAACAUGGGCCUGAAUUUUAUUUUUUCUGCUUACUUAAACUAAAUUAAAAGUAUCCCACUUACAGUUGAAUCGUUGAUGCUCUCAGGUUUGUUAUCAUGCUAAAACCAUUUAGCAGGAAGUAAGCUACAUGUCAGGCUCUUGAGCAUGAUGAGAAAGAGUGGCUUAAUAUUUAAUUAGUGUCCUUUUUGUUCUUGAAUAUAAGGUUUGGCAAGCAGAUAUACAUUUGCAUGUUGGUAACCAUGAUGAGGAGAAAGUGGAAAAGGGCAUCCAUUUAGUCUUACAAAAAGGACUAAGCAAAAGAGAAGAUGAGAAGGCAUGAAUGAUUUAGGGCCAUAAGCAUCUAAUUCUAAAGGAACUGCUUUGAUUUAUUUUCAUUGAUCAAAUGGCUUACCUUGGACUUGUCUCAGAUAAAGUUUAAGGCCACACUACUAUAAAUUAUAAAAUGUAUAGCUCAUUUAUGUAAGACCAUAUAUAGUUGGGCAUAAUCAUUUGCAUAUGGAAGUUCACCUAUGUUCAUGCUUCGUGCCUAUCUCAUGCCUUUUAUAUGUCAUAUUAAUUUUUGAUUGUUUCCGCUUGCAAGGAUUAACCUUGGGUCUACUAUUUAUGUUUUGUGCUGCAUGGACUUCAGUCUGAUAGAUUAUGAUAUCAUUCACAAUAUUGACAUAGUCCAUAAACUAGAAAGACAUUGAACCAAAAUACAAUUUUGGAUGCAUUUGUAUUAGCUAAGUGUGGUAACUAGUUCCAACUCUCACAUACUUUAGCUUGCUAUAUGAUAAAAAGUAGCAUACAUUGUGGAGAAUGUUCUGUACACAUACAUGCAACUGUUCUUUGGUCUAACAGUCUAACUAGAAAUAGAUUAAGCCAAUAAGACUUAGGUCCACCAAUUGCACCUCUCUCCUUAGUGCUUGUGCUGGGGACAGGUUCUGACUUUGAAUAAGGAAGGUGGCUGUGCUUACCAUUAUUCUCAAAAAUAAAUUAAGAGAGAUUGUGUCAUUUGAACAAUCCUAGCUGUUAGAUGACUGAAACUUCUCUUGAUCUAAUUGGAGAUCCACCCCAAAAAUUUUGAGGACCAAGACCAUCACAGAAAUUAGGAAUAUGACAACCAAUUCAUGUCUAGUUGUUUUCUCUUCGUGUCUAUACCUUUUAAGAAAAUAAUAGGUCUGAGACUUGUUUGCAGCAUUAGCUGGCACGCUUACGCUUCCUGUUUUUUAUGCAUCUUGCAUCAUAUAACCUUUAGAACCUCAACAAUAUUUGUGGCCAUUAUCCAAAUUAUGCUAGAAGGCUCAAAUAAAACAGCAACUAGCUUGCCCGGCCAUCAAAUUAGCUCAGUUAGCCAUUCAAACUUGACAUAUAGACUUGGUUAUGGGUAUGACAAGUGAUUCUGCAAGAAGAAAAUCUUAGAAAUUAGAAGGAUGUAAAACUUUCGUCUGAUACUCAUGGCUGAGUCCAUGUAAUAUAGCUUACCUUACAAAUCAGUCUUUUAAUAAGUGGUGGUCAUAUGUAAAUUGGGAGUGCCUUGCAGUUCUAUUUCAUCAGUGGCAUGUUCCCUGCACAUGGUUGUCGUACUAGUUAUUACUGUCAUAAUAGUCUUCCACUGCCCUUUUCAUGUGAUCUGGUGGGCAAAACCUUCCUUCUUUGCUGGCAAUGACUGAUAGGAACCUUGAGCAAUGCCUCAAUCGUAAAAAGUGGGGAUCUGUAUGGAAACUGAAAUCCUUGUGCUAGAGCCUAUCUGCCCAACCAACCGGCCAUAUCACAGAGUGGUCCUGAAAGCCACAAGGCUUUGGAAGGCAUGGUAGUUAUGACUCUUCCUUUCCAUCACAUAAAGCUAACGUGAGUUCCCUUGUAUCAUUUCAUUCUAUAAAAGGUGAGAGGCAUGUGACUAGCAACCUAUCUUUAGAGAUUUGCAAUGCAAUAGGUGAGAGAUUGUUAUGGAAAAGCUUUUCAAAUGAAUGCUUGAAAAAGGAAACAGAGUUUAUGGGGUACAUAAGUAAAUCUAUAUCACCAACAUCCUUACCUCUAGUGCAUGUGGAACAAAUCUUUGGGUGGUUUUAGACAACCACAUAAUGAACUGCACAGAGACUUGACUAAUAGUUAAUUGCUUGUUCUUCUAAUGAUCACAUUUAGCUCGAUUUCUUAUCAAUCAGAUCAAACCCUUGACAAGAUACUGCUUAUUCUGUUAUGAUGGGGCUUAGUGAGGUUUGGGUCAGGGUUUUGUCAUCACAGUUUGGUGAGUAGUUACUUUUCCAAAGCAUAGUCAUUAUUGAAAUGACAUUCUUUGAAUAAUUGAAAUGAUGUAUGUUCCUUGCAUUACUUUUAGUUGAUUUCCUUGAAUUACUUUAGAAUAAUUGAAGUAUGCGGUAGUUGUCAGACGGUGGUUAGAGUUGAAAUAACUACUCAAUAUUCAUUCAAUGAACACACAAAAAUUACUAUGUAUUUGGUACCGCUUGUUUCCUAUGUAUUUGGCGCUGUUUGUUGUCAAUGUCUCUAUUGCUGCUGCUGUUGCCGCUUAGUUGUAUGCAUAGUAUGUGGAAAAUUCUCACCGUUUCCUAUGAAACAUCACUUAUGUCAGACCAUUUCAUUUCUUGAGGCCAUUGGUAAUUGUGCAGUAACCAUCACAUUUUGGUGAUCUUACCCUGUAAGUCAUCACUUAUACAAUGCUUGUUACUAUUCUUACAGCGCUAAUAAAUGGUGUCAUAAAGUUAAGACAAGGGUCUAUGUGCUACUAAUUUAUUUGCUGCAAUGCGAGAGGUUUGACCAUGGAACUGAUCAUUUUUUGUCUGCAUUGGUGAAGAACUCAUACGUAUCAUUGUCAUGCAUCAUUUUCCCCAAUAAUCUGAUAUUGCCAGUUUGAUGUUAAGAAGCACUGAUGGCUUGUCCAACUAUAUAAAACAAGUGGUAGGUAUUGUAACCCAAACUAUGCCAUUCUCUUUUUGAUAGUGAACUUAUUGUUUUUAGCAUGAUAACAACCAUCUGAUAAAGUGUCACAGCUCAAACAUAAGAGGGCCGCUGGAUUGUACAAAGUUGGUUGAAACCGGGCCCAGAGCACCUUCCACUGUCUCAUGGUGGGAGGGGAUUCCACUCCAAGUUCCAGAAAAAGUCUUUCCUUUUGACAAGCCUGGUACAUAAAAAGAGGUUGUGACCGAGCCCUUCUGUAAUGAUCUAAGGGGGUUGGCUGCUUGGCUGCAGAGAUGAUGUCCAUGUGAAAGAGUGAUAAAGAUGCGUGUCUUCCACGGCUGAUGCUCCCCUUUUCAUUCCUUCGUGGUGGAAGUCUGGGGCAAGAUAAGCGGUACAGGGAAAGGAAAAGCUGACACUGCCGGUUGGCCUUCAAAAAGCUUGGGAAUAAAGUGGGCAGAUGGAUUUAAUUGUACUAUACCAGGGCAUGGGAUGCAGGAGGUUGGUGAUGGUAGGGGGUGGAUGCACUGCAUGGAUUGAUUGUAUUAACAGUGAUUGGCACGUGAGAGGAAGAUGGACAACUGAUCUUCUCCAAUAUAUAUAUAUUAUUUAUGUGAAUUAAUAAAUGCACUUUUUAUGCAU